UCAUUCAGUCAGUAUGGAGCUCAGUCCACUUCCUCUUCUGCUCUUGCUGAUCUCAAACAUCUUCUCUCAACAUACUGAAGAAAAACCAAAAGCCACAGUGAGCAUCAAACCUGCUCAACAUGUGUUCAGAGGAGAGACAGUCACUCUCAGAUGUGGCGUAUUUAGUGAAGGAGUCACUAGCUGGCAGUACACCUGGUAUAAAUACAGUUCAACCAGUGUUUUCAGUGUACUACAGGAACACACAUUCAGUUCUGUUACUGAGUCUGACGCAGGUAAAUACUUCUGUAUUGGAUCAGAGAGUGAAGGAUCACAUAUCUCACACCGCAGUGAUGAUGUUACACUGACAGUAUCAGUUCCCAGAGCAGUGUUAAGUGUUUCUCCACAGAAGUGGUUGACUGAAGGAGAUUCAGUGACUCUGAUCUGUCAGGUUAAUGGUUCCUCUACAGGCUGGACAUUCAGCUGGUUUACUCAAACUCUCUUAUCUGACAACAGCAAUCGUUAUAAGCAACUCUCAGACAGCAGCAGAGGAGCUGGAGGAAACUACACUGUCAGUUCUGCUGAUCUAAAACACACAGGAGUUUAUCUGUGCAGAGCAGAGAGAGGAAAACCAGCCUAUAACUCAACCAUCAGCAACAGACAGCUACUGUGGGUCACUGGUGUUUCUCCUCCAGUCUCUCUGAUCGUCAGUCCCAGCAGAACUCAACACUUCACAGAUGUCUCUCUCUCCCUGAGCUGUGAGGAGCAGAGUAACUCUGGUGGAUGGAGAAUGAGAAGAUACACAGACCGUGGGCGGCUGGAAGGUUGUUCGUCUCUGUGGGGAUCACAAACAGGAUCCACAUGUUCAAUCAGAUCCACCAGCACAGAAGACACUGGAGUGUACUGGUGUGAGUCUGAAUCUGGAGAGAAAACUCAUCCUGUUAAUAUCACUGUGCACCCUGGUGUGAUUCUGGAGAGUCCUGUUCAUCCUGUGACUGAAGGAGAGAAUCUGACUCUACACUGUUUAGAUAAAUACUCAACUCCACCAAACCUCAGAGCUGAUUUCUAUAAAGAUGGGACACUCAUCCAGAAUAAUAUUACAGAGAUGAUCCUCUCUAAUUUCUCAAAGUCACACGAGGGUUUCUACUCCUGCAAACACAGAGAGAGAGGAGAGUCACCCAAGAGCUGGAUCUCAGUCACAGCUUUCUCCAGAACAUCAGGAUCUGAUGAUCUCAGUCCUGUGAUAGUUGGAGUGACUGCUGGACUCACAUUUUUGAUCAUUGUCGUCUUGGUCCUGCUGUGUCGCUACAGAAACAACACAGGUGGAAGAUUUCCGUCUCCCUCUCGUGUCAGUCAACAGAAGAACAGCAGGCAGACAUCAGAGCAGAACCAGAGUGAAGCAGUAUAUACAGCACUCACGUCUGGAACUGCUCAUAUUUAUGACACUCUUGAUGCCACGAUUAAUAAAGAUAUAAGCACAGACGGUUUAAGUGGACCUACUGUAAGAAAAAAAAUAUCAGGACAUUGAAGAUCUCGAUGAAGAUGGUUAUUGCAACACAGCAAAGACCAAGUACAUGUAGAAGCUUUGGUUUAACAGCAUGGACCAUGAACAUCCUAAGCUCAAACCUUUUAUAUAGUUAUAGUUCAUAAUGCAAAUGAAGUUGCUCCUGUUGUAACAGCUGUACUCUGUAUUUUAAUGAAGUUACAACUCCUAAUUGUCUGAGAUGGUUCUCUGUGUCCCACACCCGCUCCCAUUAUACAACUGGUCACUAUUUGCAGCAUGAUUUCAUCAUACCAAAUGAUCUAAAAAACUAAAUGGUUGACUUACAUCUUUAUAUAAUAAGCCAUUUUGGGAAAUGAGCAGGAUUGAACAUGUAUUGUGGAGUGGAAUCUGGGUUGGGGCAGACUAGUUUCUUCCAGUCCCUUCCAGUCCCCCACAGCAUCUCACUCACUCCCGUUUCACAGAUUACACAUCCCUUCAGGUGCCCAGUGGCAGUGAAGCCCUGCCUUAGGUUGUCCUCCUCUGACCGCUGGAGAAUCUUACCAGUCACUGGGUCAUCACCUCAUGCACACUAGUUAUCACUCCAUCCAAUUAGGCAAAAUAAUCAGUUUCUUAUUUAAAUUUGGCAAAAUAAAUGCACCCAUUUUCUUGGGUUUGGGAGAGGAGCAAUUGAGAACCAUAAAAGCAAAUGGGAUUAUAUAAAUGCACUAAACAUUAUGAGAGCUCAAACAUAGCCAAAAGGCAAAGGUGCAAAAACAUCAACAUUGUGUGUGUGUGUGUGUGUGUGUGUAUCCUUAUGUGUGUACUUGUGUGCACGUUUUGUUUUCUUUAUCUGCAUUCUCAGAAUAUGCAUGUUAAUCUUUGAAUUAACAGCCUAUCUACUACCAUCUUUUACUACUGAAAAGAGUUUAUUUUUAUGGUUGAUACCACCAGAGGCAGCAGCUCAUCAUUUGACUGUUGAUUGAGACCAGGUUUCCUUUUUUGUGUGUCUUCUUGAUUUUAAAUGUAUUUGCAACAUAGUCAUGAACAACCUGGAAGUACCUGGCAAUUUUAAAAGGUCUGGAAGAGUUGUCUUAUAAGUAAAUGGAAAUUAUGAAAAAAAAAAAAAAAAAAAUCUGUAUUCAGCGAUCACAAAUGUUUGAAAAAAUCAUGGUAAACCAAGGAAAUGUAUUGGUCAAAAGGUCAAAAAUAAUUUUGUUGUAACUUGUUUGUCUUAGACUAUUUAUGUUUUCAGAAGACAAUUAUAAACUUUAUUAUGGUAAUUUAGCUGAAAUUCUAAAUA